AAAUAAAAAUUUGAAGUAGCAUUCAGUCCUACAUUGUAAAGCUCUUUAUAUGUAGUACAAAGUAUAAUGUAAAUAUUUUAUUAAUGUCUUUGUAAAAUUGCAGAGGAGAAGCGUUGUACGAAGAUACGGUUUUGUGUAUGGGCAUUAAAUACGGAACUCAGGAAACUUGGGAAGAAUUUUACGAUGAAGCCGAAGACGAAGAAGCCAUACUUUCGGCUCUCACUUGUUCCGAGGAACCAGAAAAUAUUCAAAGGUUAUUAGAAAUGGUGUACGAGGAAAAUGACAUUACCAAAUUUGUGACUGUAGUACAAGGUAUUCUUCGAAACAGUAAACUAUGGUUCACUUAUUAUGAUUUUCUAGACGAAAAUUUUGUAGAUUUUGUUGAAAACCAUGUAAGAUAUCAGUUUCUACUAAGUAUUAAAGACGAAACCGAAGCUUACAAUCCAGUAAAAUAUGACAAGUUGAUUUCUACGUGUAAGAAAAACAUCGGAACUUCGAAAAAAUUGAGAGCUAAAGCGAGAACUUUGUUAAAAUACGACGACGAUACUGUAUCGAGGAUGAAUAACAUGUUAGAUAAAACUAUCCAUUGGCUGAAAAAUAAAUCUUGGAUUGAGAAAAAUUAGAAGGAAAAAAAAAAUGUUUGACUUUCAUAGAGGAGUAUUUUUGUGUAUUGCUUACGUGUAUUACUGCCUUAUUCGUAUUUUUUCGAAGUAACAGCCUUUGUGAAAUGUAGUCAGAAAAACAGAAGGAUGCGGAAGAGAAGGAUAAAAAGUCGGAUCGGUUGAAAAUUCUGACGAGUCCGAAACCAGAAGAGCUUUUAGCAGUCUCGCAAUUUCCCCUUUUCGUCCAAAUUUUUGUUUCUUUUUAUGGUAACAUAAAACAGAUGAUACCAUUCAAAAUAUCUGAUAUCUAUCUAACAUCAAAGAGGUAGAAUAUUUUUAUCCUGCAGAAUUUUAUUAUUCAUAAAAGUUAUUAAUGUAAAACCGAAACUAUGUCGUUACUAUUGUGUACGAGUAGGGGAAGGUGGGGCAAGAUGAGAACGUUAAGGUUUGAAAAGUCAUAAGAUAGCAACCACUUUAACGAGAACAAUAAUUUUUUUAUUCUCAGCAACUACAGCAUUUGGUAAUAUAUAAUACAAAAUUUGAUUUUUGAAAAAACGUUUUUAAAAACAAGAAAAUUUAAUAUUUUAAAAUUAUAUGUAAAUGCACCAUCUAGCCCCACCCGUGGGGUAAGAUGGGGAUAUUAUUUUUAUAUACAAGGACAGAUUAAAAUGGUUAAACUGUCGUUUUCUUCAAUAUUGGCACAAGAACAGUGUGCCCAUUUAUCACAACGGCUACAUUUAGCCCAACUCUCUGUAAAUACAGAGUAUGAUCCUCCACAAUAGAGGCAUUCUGUUUCAUUUGUCUUUUGUUUUUUGUUAGGCCCACCCUUGCUGAAGGGGCCUGUUUGUCGUCUCUGCAGCAAAAAAGUCUCCCUCCGAAAAUACUUCUAAAUUCAUAGGCCAUAUUCAUGGUUAACCUGGGGCUAGACGGGUACCCCAUCUUGCCCCCAAUGUACACUUUCCAUACUGACUGCAAACACAGGUAAACUUCAUUUCAAAACUAAACAAUUACAGUCUUAAAGGUUACUUCGAAUACCAUAAUAUCUUCAUCUAAAAGGUAAUGUAAAAGUUCAAAAUUAUACUUUGUAGAAAUUUUUUAGCAGGCAUAAAAUUAGAUGAAGUAUUGCUGAAACAUAAAAAGAUAUUUUACUUCCAAACAAAGAGAGCGAUUUGGACGUUCUCUCGCUCCAUGAUCCCUUUCGAGGUAGACAUUUAGUUCCCCAAAUAACAGC